AUGAAAUUUGGUAAGCAUUUGGAAGGAAGGCAGCUGGAGCUUCCGGAAUACAAUGGCCAUUUCAUCAAUUACAAAGCACUCAAGAAGUUGAUCAAACAGCUAUCCGUUCCAGCUGUGUCUUCGUACUCUGCGUCCCAUGAUAACUUAACGUUAGAUGAAACGGAUGAGUCGAUCAAGUAUCAAACGUUACAGGAGAAUAAGGCUUCGUUUUUCUUCAAGUUGGAAAGAGAGUUGGAGAAGGUCAAUGAGUUCUACCUUGAGAAGGAGGCAGACUUGAGAAUGAAGUUUGAUCUAUUGAAUUCCAGAUACUACGGAUACAAGACCAAUGGCAAGCUAACUUCAAAGAGAUCUAUAGCGUAUAGAACAAUACGAGAUGGUGUGAAGAAAUUUGAAAGAGAUUUAGCACAGCUCGAGCAGUUCGUGGAGUUGAACAGAACAGGGUUUUCAAAAGUUUUGAAGAAAUGGGAUAAAAGGUCUCAUUCUCAUGCCAAGGAUUUUUACUUGGCAACGGUUGUUUCCGUCCAGCCUAUUUUCACUAGAAAUGAAGUGUCAAAGUGGAAUGAUGCGGUCUCUGCCCUACUGGUUGAGUUAGAUGAAUUGAACGACAGCGAAGAAUUACAUACGCCAAAUUUCUACACGAGCGCAGGCCAAGUAUCAAGGACAAUAUCUCGAAACUCCGACAACCUUGAUCCCGUCGCAAAUGCACCAACAUACUCCAGUAAUUCAGUAGGAUCCGGUAAUAAUUCGAGCGGUUCCCAGGUUAAAUCAUUUAGCAUGCGACAGUAUUCAGCUUCUGGAUCAAAUGCCGGCUUGUUGGAUAUAGAGUUGGAAAUUGAAUCGUGGUACAUGGAAGUUUUGAGCAUAAGUAAACUCAAAGAUUCUGAACCACGUAAAACUCACAUUAGGAAUUUCGUGGAGUCCAAGGUCCAAUCGUUUGUUGAUUCGCAUCUAUUAACCACCAGAAUCGACAGAAACUUGGUUAUCAGAGAUAGUAUCACGAAAAUAUUCAAACUACUACUAUCUAGUAGUAUCGAUGAUGAAUCCCUAGAAGUAUUCUGGAAGUACGGAAAUGAAUUCAUCGACCUCACUUAUAGUGAUCCUGAUGAUGAUCUAGUGUUCUCUAGGCAUAGCAUGCUUCACGAAGCAGCACUUUGUCCUCAUCAAUCGCGUACGUUUGUGCUCAUAGCAGCGCUAUAUCAAUAUCAAAACUCCUUAAUUCCAAAAGAUGUUUUCAGGAAAUUAGUAAACGCCCAAGAUAUUAAUGGACGAAUGCCAUUACACUACUGCUGUGAGCUUGGGAAGGAUGAUUUUGUAUCGCUUUUGAUAAACACAAAACUAAUAGAUGAUUACGACCUCUUGGAUAACACAUCGAAGACUCCUUUGGUUCUUUCUAUUAUCAAUAAUCACAUGGACGUCACAAGAACACUCAUUACAGAAGGAAAUGUUAACCUCUCUCCAGAUCUAGGUGAAGGUACAAAACCACAGUUCCAUCCACUUAAUGUGGCAUGUUCAUACAAAAAUUAUGAGGCAGCUAAAAUAAUACUAGAAAAGGGUAAUAUUAACCUAUCUAAACUUAGGGACUCACAGGGGCUCUGUCCGUUGCAUAUUGUCGCAAAAACGGGUGGUGGUUCUGAAUUGAUAAAGUUAUUGGUGUAUCAUGGUGCAAAUCCUAAUGAAAUUGAUGGAUUUAACAAAUGGCCUCCAAUCUUUUAUGCUAUUCAAGAAGGUCACGCAACUACAGUGCAAGUUCUAUUAGAACUAGGCGCUGAUGUUCAUGUUACAGAUCAAAAUAACCUAUCACAAGUGUUUUACGCUAUAUGGGAAGGCCAUUUGUCCGUAUUAAAAGUGCUUCUAAGUUAUAUUGGAAGCAAUAAUAAGCAAGAUUCAUUCUCUACUGAACCGCUUCCCGGGGUUCUACGGGCAACCGAUCUAGUAGACAUCAUGUCUGAUGAUCAACUAUCGAUAAAUGAUUCAUUGAAGGAUAUUCCAGAUUUCACAUUACCUCCUCCAAUCAUUCCUUUGAGGAAAUAUGGUCACAAUUUCUUGGAGAAAAAGAUAUUCGUGAAGCUUACUUUCAAGCCGGAAAAGGAGUCCAUCUUCUUAAAUAAGGAUGAUGAAAUGGUAUUAUCUUCACCAGGACGUAUCACUUUGACCUCAAGUGUGUCUCAUAUCAUUCCAAGAAAUAUUAUCCUACCAUUGCAAGAAGAUGAUGAUAGAGAUAUUGUGUUCCAAAUUGAUUCUUUGGAUACCUUCGACGUUGAUAUUGAAAUAUAUCCAUCUUUCGGUACAAGAUUAAUUGCUAAAACCUACGCGCUUUCCGAUAUUUUCCAUAAAGCAUAUGAGAGUCCUUGUAAUAACAAGCAUGUAAGCUUACCACUCUUUGAUACCAGAUUGAGAAAUGUUGGUAAGGUUGACUUGGAUUUCGAAAUCAUCUUCCCAUACGGUGGUAACCCACUAGAGGUUACGAAAUAUGAGACUUAUUGGAAAUCCACUAGCGGUGGAGGUUUGUCGGGUAGCUCUAAUGUGUCUUCUUCUAUACAGUCUAUUGUCACUGCUUCUUCUUUGGUCGGUGAAUAUUGUACAAUUGGUGUCGUUCAAUUGAAUGACGGUACUUUAAUUACAAGUUCUAGUUUGAUUUGCAACGUUGGUGCUGUUCCACUUCUUUUCACUGAUAUGAACGUAAAACAAUUGAACAGCAUGCUUGAACAACCAAUUUCAGAUAUCCCAGACAACAUUAGCACGAACGAAGAAUUGAAGGAUUUGUUACGGAACAGACAUGUCCUAUUUGAAAGCCUUCUAGAUAAGAUCAAUCCGAACAUUCAAUUAAACAUCAACGUGCUCUUCCCUACGGAGUCAGAAAUUCUCUGCAUACCUGUAAAGAUAUCACCAAGGUUUACUCUAAACGAGUUUGUGGAAAAAGUACUAUCAGGAACAUUUGAUCAUGUCAGAAAGCUUCGCCAAUCAGACUCGACUCGCUCGAUUGUGUUUUCAUCGACUAAUCCUAGAGUAUGUUCAAUUUUAAACUGGAAACAACCCAAUUUCCCAGUCCUCUUCGAUAUGAACGUCAUUUCGGAAACCGACCAGGGCGAUCUCGAGCGUAUUACACCUAAUGACCUUGCAUCGAUGGCAUUAGAUCCAAAGGAAGUAGUAUACAGUGAUGUGGGUACAAAAUCCAUCAAGGAUGCUGUUGCAUUUGCUAAUAAUAACAACUUGCUUGGUAUGAUAUUGCCCGUACACCUAUUGGAUAUAACGCUUCAAUUAGCUGAUCAGGUUGUAGCUCAUGGUCUACUUUUAAUAGGUUCCACGAAAAAUUCCAAGCGCCCAUGCAAACGAAAUGAGCUUGGAGUUAAUGGUAUGCAAAACAAAGAGGCCCUCGUUAUCGAUGCAACCCCAGAUUCAGAAGAUAGAGUAUAA